GACAACUACACCACCGUGCCGCCCACAUGUUAUCUAAUAAAAGACAAAUACAGUAAAGCUCUACUCUCUGUUGCAGUAGGACUGUAGAAUUAUAGUGCUGUUCUUCUUCCAGCCAGAAGGUGGCGAUAAAACCUCCAUAGAGCUGUGUGUGCUUCACCGCUGAACCCAAUGAAGAAGCCGGUUCACACUGUACACUGGGUAAAGCACAGGAUUCGACAUUGAAGAGAUCAUGGAGCUGUAUUUAUCAAUAUUAAAAUAUUAAAACACGUUAUAAUACAAAUUUGACGCUCGGCACAUUGUUACAGUGAGAGACGAUGUCCAGUCCUUUUGGUCCAGUCACAGCAGAGGCUGUUGUGAUAUCUAAUGAGAACCGAGCUCCACCCCCGGGCUGUCCCGUGCAUCAGGAUGCCAACAGAGCCGCUCCUCCGUCUGAGUGCCCCAUGCAUCGAGUAUCUGCUACAGAACACCCCAAGAGUGCACCAGAUGUGCCAGCACAUCAGGACAGAGCCUAUGAGUUUGUACAGUGUCCUGUGACGGGAAGCAAACAUGCAGCAUCAGACAUCAACCCUGCAAACAUGAUGCCUCCGCCCAACCAGCAGCCUUCACCCGGUCAGCCCUUUCCUCUAUCCGUGGUGCGAGAAGAGUCCCACAUCCCUCGCUCUGGAUUGGACCAGAACUGGGUUUAUCCCUCCGAGCAGAUGUUCUGGAACGCCAUGCUGAGGAAAGGAUGGCGCUGGAAGGAGCAAGACAUCUCUCAAAAAGACAUGAUGAACAUCAUUUCAAUCCACAACCAGAACAACGAGCAGGCGUGGAAGGAGAUCCUGAGAUGGGAAGCGCUCCAUUCAAAGGAGUGUCCAUGUGGACCCGCUCUUAAAAGGUUUGGAGGCAAAGCGAAAGAAUUUUCUCCGAGAGCUCGCUUUCGUCACUGGAUGGGGCAUGAGCUGCCGUUUGACAGACACGACUGGAUUGUGGACCGGUGCGGGAAAGAGGUGCGAUAUGUGAUCGACUACUACGACGGAGGUCAGGGGUCGAGUCACACCAUCUUAGACGUCCGCCCAGCGUUUGACUCUUUAGGAGCCGUGUGGGAUCGCAUGAAGGUGGCGUGGUGGAGAUGGACCUCGUCAUGAACCUGUGCUGCUAUAGGAGAUUUAUAUUCAUACAUACUUAUUGGGGAUUAUUUGGGCUCGUUUAUCUCACUCUGACAGGAAGUGCUGUGUUUACUGAAGGUAUCAUUGCAUUGCACAAGCACCCAACUUUCCAAGUCGUGCAUACUACUGAUGAUGAUGAUGGGCUGUAAAUAUCAAACAUGCAAACAAGUUAUCAGUUGAAACCUGGUCAAAUGUACAUUUAUGGAACAGUUUAAUAAAGUUGCUAUCUGUAAGAAUUAUAUAGUGUAGCAGAAUGCUAACACAGGGCUCAAACUGCUGAGAGCGAAUCACAUCACAGGAUCACGGAUCACUUUACUACUGUUAAGUUAUUCUUUUUUGAAUAGGAAUUUAAUUAGUGAUUGAGCUCAUAAUAUGUACAAUAGUUAUGCAAUAAUGAAAGGUCUUUUCCCUUUUUGCUUUAGUAUGAAAAGCCUAGCAUGUAAAACAUCAUAUUUAUCCCGGAUUGGAGCUAAAUUUCAACAUUCAUACUGAUGUCCAGUGUUCUGUAAUAUGAUUUGCAUCCGUACUGUAUGAAAGCCACUGUGUGUUCAAUAAAUAUCUGAAUUUUUCUGUAAA